ACUCAGAGUCAGAGGGCAGGGCCACAGCAAAAUCUAUAGGAAGCACAUCUGGGGCUGUCUGCAAAAAACACAAUUUGUCCUCAACACAAGUCACAUCUUGUACCAGAGGCUCCACUCUCAGCUCACCGUUCGCACAUCUGUUUCAUUUCUCUGUAAGCAUGCUCCCGAUGCAGGCAGUCCCAGGUCAGUUUGGUCCAGAGGUCCGGACCCCGGGCCUGUGGGUGUGGAGGGUGGAGAAGAUGAAGGCCGUGCUGCUGGACCCCACCGAAAUUGGAGCCUUUUAUAAUGGAGACUCUUAUCUGGUGCUUCAAAACCGUGCCGAGAACGGGGCCGAUCUCCACAUGUGGAUCGGUGAGAAGUCAUCCCGUGAUGAGCAGGUGGCGUGUGCGAUGUUGUCCACUCAGCUGGAUAACUACCUAGGGGGAGACCCAGUGCAGCACAGGCAGGUACAGAGCUACGAGUCACCAGAGUUCAUGGCCCUGUUUCCCAGAGGAGUCAGCUAUAAGGAGGGUGGUGUGGAGUCCGGCUUCAGGAGGACUCAGGGCUCGGGGCCGGUACACAGGUUGUACCAAAUCAAAGGAAAACGCAACAUCCGUGCCAAGGAGGUGGAGCUCUCCUGGGUCAGCUUCAACAAGGGGGACUGCUUCAUCCUCGACCUCGGAGAUACUAUCAUCUCCUGGAUCGGCUCUCAGGCUAAUAUCUUCGAAAAGCAGAAAGUGAGAGAAAUUGCAUCACUCAUCCGUGACACAGAUCGACAUGGAAAAGCCAAAAUAGUGGACUGCUGCGAGGGGGAAGAGCCAGAGGAGAUGCUCAAGGUUUUGGGGAAGAUGCCGCCGCUGGCCGAGAGCACACCAGAGGAGGACAGCAAAGCCGACGUCUCCAACUCUGCCUCUCUCUACAAGGUGUCAGAUGCAACAGGAUCGAUGAAAACAACUCAAGUGUCAGAGAAGAGCCCGUUUGCCAAGGAGCUGCUUGUGCGUGAUGACUGCUUCAUCCUGGACAAUGGAGCCAAUGGAAAAAUCUUUGUUUGGAAAGGUAAUGGUGCAAAUGCUGAAGAAAAGAGAGUGGCACUCCAAAUUGCUGAUAACUUUAUUGAACGCAUGAACUAUCCCCGAAUGAAAACACAGGUUGAGAUACUGCCUCAAGGAAAAGAGACCAUUAUCUUCAAGCAAUUUUUCAAAAACUGGAAUUAAGAAUCUUUAAGAAAUUUUGGACUGGGGACUAAAAAAGUUACUCAAAAAGUUACAAUAUUAAAACAUUUUUUUAUACUUGUAUGUAAAUAUUUUUAAGUUACUGUGGCAGAUUUUUGACUAGAAGAUCCAAUGCCACUUUUGUAAAAUCCAUUUCCUAUGAAUCAAAAACCAAGUGUGAGUAAAUGAUUUGGAUUUUUUUAUUACUUAGAUGCAAUACUAUCACAGGUUACAAUAAACAUAAUUGAAACUGGACAA